UUAGCGCAUUGCAUUGAGAUUAACUUCAUGUUUUUUUACACAGAAUUCACUUAUGAAUUUUCCAAUGAACACAUUGAAUUCUCCAAAAAGGCAAUGCCCUUUUCUAUUUAAGGGGAUGCAUUGUACAAGCAAUUCUUACCUACAAUCCUUUCUUUUUGGUUAAGCAAAAGAAUUUAUUCAUCAAAAAUGAAAUUAUAAAAUUGUCCAUAAAAUAGCGAGAACCAAUCAAGUCAUCCUAACAAAUGACUCGGCAGCAUGCAUAUGUUUUUUUCCUAGCAUGAUUAGGAGAAAUAUCCUAAAGAUUCGUAGAAAAAUUACCUCCGAGGUGCUUGUCCAAAAACACACAAUUAUCUAGCUCUUGCGUAUCUGCCCUAUAAACUUGGAGGAUAGUCGGAGUCUGUAUGAUCAGUGAAGUGAAUUACCAUAUCCAUAUCCGUACACCACACCACACACUAAUAAUAUUUAUAAAGCAAAAUGCAGGCAGCAUUGUUCAUUGCACCUCCUGUGCUGCCUUUGAAACCCUGUAAGAACUUAUUCCAGCUGCAGACCUUUACACCCCCAAAGGCAGGUGCUUCUCUUGCUUCCCGUUCCUCUGCAAUCAAAGCAACUACUGCAAUCGCUGACACCACCACUGUUGAUUGCAGUUCUGUGAUCUCUGUGUUUCCAGCAGAGGCUUGUGAGAUAAUUGGUGGAGAUGCCUGUUUGGCUGAUAUGUUUCCACAAGUACGGCUACAGGUUGAGGAGGCAAGAAAUGAAGCAGCUCAAAUUGCUUCAGAUAACAUUGAGAGAGUAUAUCUUGUGUACAACGAUGCAAAGACGUACGUAACUGGGUUAAAUAUCGUUAGUUCUUGUUAAAGUCUUGCACUAAAGAACGUUCUAAUCUAUAUGAACACGAUCGUUUCUACAGGGUUUUUCGGCGCUGAGGCGUGUGACGAUCUCGGGGGAGAAUUCUGCGGGGCUGAAUAUCAGAGGGGAGUCUAUUACAAGAGAUUACAGGAACGUUGUCCAGAAAAACUAGGACGUUUUCUUUCUUCUUUUUCUGUAUUUGAAUGUAUAUAUAUUAUAAUAAAUAGCCGCAUGACCUUAGUUCAUAAUACAUGCAAGUUUAUAUAUAUUUGUUUGUUGAUAAGGCCUUUUCUCCUAGAGAAAUCAAUUUCAGUAAUAUCUAUGACCUCUUGCAUGCAAGUAUGAAGAAGCUGAUUGCUUGAUGGUUAUUACUUUUUCUUGAACGAAUUUUGGGUUUGCAGAGUGUAACAAAU